CCACACAACACCAUCGAUCCAUCGUCUCUUUUGCUAGUCGACAACACACAAACUCACAAAAUCCCUGAUCAUUCAAACCAUGGCGACCAAAGCUCUCCUUCUCGUCGCCAUGGCCGCAGCGGUGCUCGGGACUGCAUCCGGCGCCACCCACACGGUGGGCGCGCCGGGAGGAUCAUGGGAUCUCCAGACCAACCACGGCCAGUGGGCUUCCACCGUCAAGUUCCGCGCCGGUGACCAGCUGGUGUUCAAAUACGCCCGGGCGGCGCACAACGUCCUGGAGGUGAGCAAGGCGGACUACGACGCCUGCUCAAACUCCAGCCCGCUCGCGUCCUUCCACACCGGCAACGACGUCGUCCCGCUCCCGGCUGCCGGCAACCGGUACUUCAUCUGCGGCGUCCCCGGGCACUGCGACGGCGGCAUGAAGGUCCGGGUUAACGUGCAGGCAGCGGCUUCUUCCACCGAUGCCCCGUUGCCGGCGGGUCGCCGUGCGCUCUCGCCGGCAUCGGCGCCCUUGCCGAGCGCGAUCACACCUGCCGCUGGUGCCCAGGCGGUGCCUCCGUCGAGCUCGGCGGUGGCGGUCAGUGUUGGGUCCGUGGGUCUGUCUCUGGGUGGCAUCUUGGCAGCGGCUGGUCUCAUGGUCUUGUACUAGAAUCAAGUCGAUCAACACAAAGAAUGUCGGUCACUAUUGUUUUUAGUUUUUUUUUACACGUAUAAUUGAUCAUGUACGCUCGUUGCAUUUGUAUUUAGUAUUUGUUUGUUACAUAUAUACUUCAAUUAACUUGAUUGUGUUAAA